GCCGCCGCGAUGCCCCCCCCUGCGCCCGGGGCCCGGCUCCGGCUCCUCGCCGCCGCCGCCCUGGCCGGCCUGGCCGUCAUCAGCCGAGGGUUGCUGUCCCAGAGCCUGGAGUUCAGCUCACCUGCGGACAACUAUACAGUGUGUGAAGGUGACAACGCCACCCUCAGCUGCUUCAUUGAUGAGCAUGUGACCCGGGUAGCCUGGCUGAACCGUUCCAACAUCCUGUAUGCGGGCAAUGACCGUUGGACCAGUGACCCCCGGGUGCGGCUGCUCAUCAACACCCCGGAGGAAUUCUCCAUCCUCAUCACCCAGGUGGGGCUCGGUGAUGAGGGCCUCUACACCUGCUCCUUCCAGACCCGCCACCAGCCCUACACCACUCAGGUCUACCUCAUCGUCCAUGUCCCUGCCCGUAUUGUGAACAUCUCCUCACCCGUGGCGGUGAAUGAAGGGGGCAAUGUGAACCUUCUCUGCCUGGCUGUGGGAAGGCCAGAGCCCACUGUCACCUGGAGACAGCUCCGAGACGGCUUCACCUCAGAGGGUGAGAUUCUGGAAAUCUCAGACAUCCAGCGGGGCCAGGCCGGGGAAUAUGAAUGCGUUACUCACAACGGGGUGAACUCGGCGCCCGACAGCCGCCGCGUGCUGGUCACAGUGAAUUAUCCCCCGACCAUCACGGACGUGACCAGCGCGCGCACCGCCCUGGGCCGGGCUGCCCUCCUGCGCUGUGAAGCUAUGGCUGUGCCGCCUGCAGAUUUCCAGUGGUACAAGGAUGACAGGCUGCUAAGCAGCGGUUCUGCGGAGGGCCUCAAGGUGCAGACCGAGCGCACCCGCUCUAUGCUUCUCUUCGCCAACGUGAGCGCCAGGCACUAUGGCAACUACACCUGCCGUGCGGCCAACCGGCUCGGAGCGUCCAGCGCUUCCAUGCGGCUCCUGCGCCCAGGAUCCCUGGAAAACUCCGCUCCGAGGCCUCCAGGGCCCCUGACCCUCCUCUCUGCCCUGAGCUGGCUGUGGUGGAGAAUGUAGACACCAUUCAGUACAGCGCAUCCCCCCCCUGCAGGGGGCCUCAGGCCAGGAGCGAGAGAAAGGGGGUGAGCAAGCGCCAGCCACGGGUCUCCAGAGGGACAGAAGAGCUCUUAGUCACAGAGGAAGAAAGAAGAAGAGAAGGAAGGUCUUUUAGAGAACCCAUCACUGUGAGGGAUUACGCAAAAUUAUGCAUCUUUCUACAGCCAUUCUCGCCACCCCGUUCACGUUUCCGAUUGUGACCCACCCCCAGCCUCCCCACACCCCUCUCUUAGCUCAGGCUGUCAACUGGCUCGUGUGUGUGUGUGUGUGUGUGUGUGUGUGUGUGUGUGUGUGUGAAGGUGUGCUGGGGGAGGGAACCAGGAGGCACCCCUCUCUGGCACAGACUCCCCCAUGGCCCCUGGCCAUCCCUGCUGCCUGCCUCUCUUCCUUUGGCUGGAGGUAGGUAUGGGGGCUUCGUGGUGGAAGCUUUGACAAGAAGAUUGCCAGCUUUCCACCUUCCCAUAUAUGCAUGAACACCUACUCUUCUCCUCCCUAUGGAAGGGGCAGGUAGGGUGGCUGUCAGGUGUCACUCAGCCUUUGUGACUAGGUGGGGAUCUCCAUGAAGGCUGUUUCUCCCUACUCCAUCACCAGUUGCCUGCAGCCAGACGCUCCAUCACUGGCUCAGUGGCCUGAAACCUCCCUUGCCCUGUCCCUUCUCCUCCCUUCCCCUUCCCUCCCCUUCCCUCCCCUGAACUUUCUGGCCCUCUUCCCGGGCCAAUCGGUGCUUCCAUUCAAUUGAUAGGCUAGUGGCACUUGUCACCUGUCUGUCUCAGUGCUUUGCCCCACCCAUACCCCCAGACUCCCCUUGGCCACAGUGGUACCCUCCAGCUGCCCUUGGGCCCCAGCAGCUGGCCUAUAAGUGUGGGCUCCCUGGCAAUCUGCUCCCUGGCCUCUCAACUCAUAAUACCUCCAAAGGCUGCUGUGACCACACACACACACACACACACACACACACACACACACACGCACACGGCAUGCAUACAUGCACGCUCAUGCACACACAAACACACAUACACACACACACAUGCACACCAGCGACUGACCAGCAAUAGCUCCUGGCUUCACCUGCCCCAGAGUCUGUGACUAGCAGCAGUUCCCCCAGAGUGGGCCACUGACAUCCACACAGGAAGCUGACAGGUUCUGUGUAUGGGAACACCUCACCUUGAUACACAUCAGGCCUCACAGAGUUGGGAGAGAGAAGACUAACAGACAUCCUGAGCCCAGGCAGAGGCACCAUGCCACCAGCCCAAAAUUCAGUAACCACACCCAAAACCACACCACUCCGAGCCUGGUGAAGACGAGGGCAGAGAGGGGCAGGGGGGCAAGGGGCAGUGACUGUACCUCAGACGGGGGCGUGGGCCCCAUCCCACAUUGUCUUCCAUUCCCAGGGUCCGGGAUGGGGUGGGGAGGGGGAGGGCUACUCGGGGAGGUGGGAGGGGGGCCCUGGGGGCCGUGUGUUCCAAUUCAUGGGGAGUGUUGAGACCACCACACCAAUAAACGCCUUUUUCCAAAGUCCCCGCCUGUGGAAGUCGAUGUCAUUGAGGAUCUGGGCAAGUGGACUGCA